ACCAACAUGGCCGCCUCCAUUGCGCUGCGCUUGGAGUUUGGGGGUGGGGCUGAGCUGCUCUUUGAUGGAGUCCGGGAGCAUCUGGUGACUCUGCCUGGUCAAUCGGAGCCAUGGGACAUGAAGCAGCUACUAGCAUGGAUCAGAGGAAACCUGUUGAAGGAGCGCCCUGAGCUCUUUGUGCAAGGAGAUACAGUGAGGCCAGGGAUUCUGGUCUUGAUCAAUGAUGCUGACUGGGAGUUAAUGGGUGAGCUCACAUACCAGCUACAGGAUCAGGACAAUGUGGUCUUCAUUUCAACACUGCAUGGAGGGUAGAACUGGGAAGCUAAACAUAUUCUGAAUAGACUAUUCUCCUUCUGGUUCAUAUGUGAUUUUUUUUUUUUUUUGCCACAUGAAAAUGAACUGGCCUUCACCUCCAAAACCUCCAGGAUGGCUAACCAGACCUAUUAGCAGAGGGUGGUAUCAGACUGAAAAGUGUGUUCAGAGAUUAACAAAGGUUCCAUAAAGACUAUGCCAGUUUUCAUGGACAUUAUGAUUGUCUACAUUUAUUUUUUUCUAAAACUUUUUUGCACAAAACUGUAUGAUGA